AUGUAUUCUUAUCUAUCUAUCUAUAUAUCUAUCUAUCUAUUUUCUAUUCAUAUUUACCUAUCUAUCACCUGUCUAUAUCUAUCUAUUUAUCUGAAUAUGAGGGCUGAAUAUCAGUAUUCACAUGACAACAAUUCAGAGUUCCCAUUGGCUUAUUCGCAUGAUCUUUCUAUGCCAUCUAUUAUUGCUAAUGAUAACAACGACAGUAACUGUGACGUCAACUGCACUUCUUUCACCUUUCUUCUGAACAUUCUUGUGUUGACAUGUUCACUGUCAUUCCCAAUAUGUUCUCAAGAUUAUAAACAAAUUCAUGCACAAAUAAUUGAUCUAUCUAUCUAUCUAUCUAUCUAUCUAUCUAUCUAUCUAUCUAUCUAUCUAUCUAUCUAUCAGUCUGUUCAUAUUUAUCUAUCACUAUCAAUCUGUUCAUUUCUAUCUAUCUAUCUAUCUAUCUAUCUAUCUAUCUAUCUAUCUAUCUAUCAGUCAUCUAUUUAUCUAUUUGUUCAUAUCUACCUAUCUAUCUAUCUAGCAAUCUGUUCAUAUCUAUCUAUCUAUCUAUCUAUUUAUCUAUCUAUCUAUCUAUCACUCUGUUCGUAUCUAUCUAUUUAUUUAUCAGUCUGUUCAUAUCUAUCUAUCUAA